AUGGAAAAGAUCAGGGACCGCAUGGCCGCCCUCCGUGCCGAAUAUGAUAACGCUAACGAGCUGGUCGAUGAGCUCAAGGCUACGGUCAAGAAAUUAGAGCAGGAGAAUUUGUCCAAAGAGCAAGAGAUUACAUCACUUAACCGCCGCAACCAGCUUCUAGAGGAAGAGGUUGAGAAGAUAGAGGUCGCUCUCAAGGGGGCUAAGGAUACUGCGAGCCAGAGCCUUCAGCACGACACCCAGAACGAGGCUCUUCAGCGACGGCUCCAGCUCCUUGAAGAGGAGGCUAAGGGGAAUGACAAGACUCUCCGGGAGACAAACGAGAAGCUCCGCCAAACUGAUAUCAAGGCUGGCCACUACGAGCAGAAGGUGCAGGCACUUGAGGACCAGCACGCCAAGCUCGAGCAAAGAUACGAUGAUACGAUCAAGGAACACAGCACUAUGAAGAAGGAGCUUGACGACCUUGCAUCCCAGAUGGCCGACAUCUAA